UAAUUUUAUAUAGGAAUGUGUCUGGGCAUCUUACGAAAAUGGUAACGAUCUGCGGAAGCACUAAAAGCAGAAACAAUUCAGAAUAAUGAUUCGGAGAAACCGAGCGUUAGCGGGCAGCCAGACGGUUAGAAGAACGAGAAAAAGUAAAAAAUCAUGUCGAUAAAGCCCUUGACAGUGUCCUUUGCAAAAAAGAAUUUAAGCCCCAAUUUUCGCUUACAUCCGCAAGACCUCCGUGAAGUCUGCCGGUUCUGUCCUCCGUGUGAUUCUCGUCUCGCCGGUUAAUCGCUGCAGAAGCAGCAGCAGUUGCUCAUUCCUGCGCUUCCAAAAAUACUGGAGAUUUAAGUCAACGUCGACGAGAUACUCGCGGAAUUAUAUGGCUACUCAAAUCGUAACGAGUGUAAUGUUUGUGUUUGUCUGCGAAAUAGUUAGCUUCACUUUCCAUUUUUUUCCUUCAUUUAUUCGUUUUAUAAAUCGAAUUGAUAUAUUAAUGUUACAGUAUCAUAAUGUAUCGUGAGUAAAUAAAAUUGAGAAUAUUUUUAUUAUUAUCGAGUGCAGUACACAGUCGAGGCAUUAUAUGUAAGACCGGGUUUUACAACCAAUAAAAUUUGACUGCUACACCUCUGAUAACAUCAAUCGUUUCUUCAAAAGUUAAUUGUAUAAAGUCAGUGAGCUCUGAGCAACUGAUCAGUAGAUUUUUAAAUGGUUUUAUAAAACUAGCCCAAUCAUGAAGCAUACCCUGAUGUAUUAUUUCUUGAUAUUAUUUUUGUUCAAAGAGGCCGUUGGAAAGUGUGAUGUUUACGAACAAAUUUUGAAUGGUACUACUAACUUUGUUACGCAAUUGUGGAAGAAUUUAACGAACAGCGAUUGUCAGAAAAAGUGCAAAGAUAAUGAUGUGUCAAAAGAAGAGCCAACGAGCGAAGAAUCUACAGAAAGUACACAAGAACGAUAUAAUCAAACGCUUGGCAUAGAAUGUAUUCCACGAGCAAAAGCUCCAAAGGUUCUCACAGCUGAAAAGUCCUGGGGUACAUACAUCUCUCAAUGGCAGUAUGACCAUUGUAUGAUUGCAUCGAUUUGAAUAGACACCGACGUUCAUUAGACUAUUAUUAUUAAUAAAGAAUUGUAAUGAAUUUAAAUAAAAGUAUGUUGUGACAUUCGAAGUCAAAAAUUUUUUAUUUAAUAGUUUAAGAAUCAAUUAAUCAAACAAUAAAACAAAUUCUCACAAGUUUUAUAAUCAUAACUUGAUAAAUCUGCUC